AUGACACCUGCGCUGCCUCUCCAGUUCCUGCUGGUGCUCUGCCUUGCACUGCAGCUGGUGUCUGGGAGUCCCAAGGAGCGCUUUCUAAAAUAUAUCUUGGAACCUCCACCCUGCAGAUCAAAACCUGAGAACUGUUCCAAAUUCUGUACGUUCCAGAAAGAUUGCGAGGCACAAGGACUUCAGUGCUGCUCUGCCUACUGUGGGAUAGUCUGUUCAUUAAACGAACCUCCAGAAAACGGAGAAAGAAUGCCCAGCAUAGGAGACAAGGUACGGAGCAGGUUCUAUCACUGCAGUGCCUGGGGCAGGGUACAGUCCAAGGUUGACAGUGCCCUGGGCGAGGAGUCUUCACAGUCCGCGUGA